AUGGCUGUAACCAACGGUCUCCGUAUUGCCAUGGGCGGCGACGACGCCGGCUUCGACUACAAGGCCACAAUCUCCAAGGAUCUGGAAGCUGACCCUCGAACGGCAUACGCACACUUCGCUCUUGCCGCUGCCGAGGCCGUCGCCAGCGGCAAGGUCGACCGGGCUAUCCUCAUCUGCGGCACGGGGCUCGGCGUCGCCAUCUCGGCGAAUAAAGUCCCCGGCGUCCGGGCAGUGACGGCGCACGACAGCUUUUCAGUGGAAAGAGCAGUCAAGAGCAACAAUGCGCAGGUGCUGUGUCUCGGUCAACGCGUUAUUGGAGUUGAGCUUGCGAGGCGGUUGGUUGGUGAGUGGUUGGGAUACGAGUUUGAUCCUACAUCUGCAUCAGCAGCAAAGGUCAAGGUCAUUGAUGAUUAUGAUUUGAAGCAGUCGGGUGGGAUCAAGGCUUGA